AUGGUGGUGCCGCGACUUUUGCAUGGUAGUGGUACACGUGGUGGUAGUGGUGACGAUGAUGGCAGAACUUCAAGUACUCCCCCCUCAUCGGUGUCUUCUGACUCCCUACCGCCAUCACUGUGCUUGCCGUCGGCAUCGAGUAUCGCGUGCCCGUCUGGAGCAAAAAGCCCCGGUCUGAACACAAGCCAGGCGUGUGUUCAAGGGGCACAAAAGGAGAGCAUUGCUGAGAUGCUACUUGAUCUGCGUGGCCAUCUUGAUAGGAUUAUCGUUGCUAUUUGUGCGUCCAACAAUGAAUAA